AUGGUCCAUCAACUACUCCUUGUAUCAACCAUCCCUCAUUCUAGCUACGUGCAAACGAUUUCAACGUUGAAGGCUCUUACUGGGCAAUUGGCUCCUCAGGAGAUAUCACUUUACACCAUGCUCACCAAACCUCACCAUGUCUUUAAACCAAAAUUUGAACCUGGGAAAGUUAACCAAAUAGAACAGUAUUAUAUGAAAUGUGUGACUACUUGGGAGCCGAGUAAGAAAGCCACUAAAAUGGAUAUUGCCGAGCCCGUGUUCCCCACAGAUGAAAUCGUGGUUGACAAGCUCUUCACUAAUGGAUAUAAAAACGUAUGGACUCUUCAAAUAGCAGAUAUCCCCAUUGCAGGAAAGAAUCAAGUUGUCAGUGCUAGGACAAUAUUCGAAAGCACAUUAGUACACCAUCAUACAAGUGUUGAUGGUAAGGAUUCUAUGCUACAAUUUCUAGAUGAUCUAGGGUAUGAUGUGAUCAACCAAUAUUGGGUUAAUGGAGUUCAAUUCUUUUAUGGUGACGUGGUUAUAGAAAUAUUAAAGCUAUUUAUUCGUGACGAUGAAAAGGAAGGUAUCAAAUUAAAGCCUUUAGAUUCAUCUAAUUCCUUUCAAAUUAGAUGCUACAGAAAUAUCCCAAAGUCAACAGAUAUCGAAAUGAUUAGUCAAGGGACAAAAGAGCUUUUGAAGCUUCAAGAACAUCUCAAAAACUUAUUCCAACUUGAAGUCCCUGAUCGUAUGUGUAUGGAUUCAAGAGUACAGAAUCCAGUGUAA